AUGCAUUAGGAUCCUUAAAAUAAUGAAGAGAUUAUAUUGCUAUAGACAAUAGAAAAGGAAUUAUCAAAUGAUUAAUAAUUACUCUAAAUCUGUAAACAAAUUGGAUAGCAGAAUCAAAGUAUAAAUUAUAUGCAUUUAAGAUCCUAGAUUAUUGAUUUUCUUAUAAGAAUUAUUAAAAAUUUUAUUUAAUUCUUAUAUUUAGAAAGAUGCUCUUUCAAAUGCUAUUAAAAUAUUGAACAACAUUUUGAAUAAAUAAAAAUUUAAGAAUAAACCUAUAUCAAAUUCAGAUUUAAGUCACUAUAUAAAUCAAAAAUAUUAUGAAGUUUUAGGUAGACAUUUAUCAUAUUAUAGCUCAUUUUUAUGAAAAAGCAUUUUUGAAAGGGCCUGAAGAUGCAUAUAAACAUAUGAAUUUUUUUUAUUACAAAAAAAUUGCAAUAGAUUAUAUGCAAUCUCCAAAUUGCUUAAAUUAAUAGAUGUCAAAAAAUAUUUUAUAAAAAAUUGAUUCAACCUAUUAAAAUUUUACAGGAAAUACUCCUUAAGACUUUGAAAUGGCUGUUUUUGACUGUCUAAAUCCACAAGAAUAAGAAUUACUUACUUAAAUUGUAUCAGAUGAUUAAAGCAAAGCUGUUAAAUAGACAAAUAGUUUAUAAGAUAGAUUUUUGUUAAAUCUUCCUCCAGAUUUGCAGGAACAAUUUAAAAAAUAAAAUUUUGCAAAUAUUUAUGCUUUUAGAGAUUAUCUUGCAUAAUAAAAAGAGAAUAAAGGAAUUGAAAAAAUUUUAGGAUAUAUAUUUGUAGACAAAUUAAAUUUUUACUUAAACACUUAUUAUUUUGUAAAUUCAGCAAAAAAAAUAAAAGAAAAUAAAUCAGAUUUAUAAAAGUUAUUACCUGAACUGGAAAAGGAUAUCAUGGAUUCCCAAAAAGAUUACUAUUCUUUUAUUGAUAUAUCAUAUGUUAAAUACUUUUAUAAAAGCUUAAAAUCAAGGAGAGUUAGAAAUUUUAAAGGAUAAUGUUUUUCAUUUAAAAAAAAAUUGACUGAUUUUAUUAAAUUAGAAAUAAAUUCAUUUUAAUUACCAAAAAAAUUCAAUAUACCUUAAUUUGAGAAUUUGAAAGAGAUAUAUUGUAGUUUAUAUUAAGAAUUAGAAAAAACAACAGAAACAGAGGAUUCUAAAAUUGUAGCAAAAAUACUUUUUAAGGUUUAAUAGUUGAUUCUUUCUUUUUUAAAGUUUAGAUGGAAUUUUUUAUAUUUAUUUUGUGCAUUAAUUGUAGAAACAAAACUAUAAUCAUAAGAAUUAGAUUAAAUUUUAGAAUAAGCAUACGAUAUGAUGUAAAGCACAACUAAAGAAGAGUUAAAUAAGUCUUUUGAUUAGAUUUUAGCUUAACUAAAUGAAAAAACAAAUAAAUAGAUUACAUCUGAUUUUUUUGAUAAAUAGGGAUCUAAUUUGGGUUAUUAUUCUUUACAAGUAUUAGAAAAUAUUCUUCCUUAUAUAAACAACAAAUUAAUACAGGUUAUGCUUUAACUUAAUUUAUAAAACUAAAACUUAAGACCUAUUAGAAUGAUUAGAGAAUUAAAAUCUUUUGAAUAUUAAUUAAUACAUGAUUGCAGUUAAAAUUUAAAAAACUACUCAAAAAUAUUUGAGAAAUUAACUGAUUCUAUAUUAGAAGGGGAGAAGGAAGAGAAAGAUUUAAAAGCAUAAUUCUUAAAAACUUAUACAUAAUAUUUUUAACAAAGACUGAGAAAUAUAUGCAAUGAAAAAAAAUAAUAUAGUCAAUAAUUUUUAAAAAGUUAUUUAUUUAAUGUUAAUAAAUUAAAAUAAGAUUAUUAGAAUAAGAAUAUAAAAUAUUAUUAAGAAAUUUUUUAAAGAGAAGAGAAAAUCAGUUAAAUUUGUGAAUAAUAUAUUCUCAAAGAAAAAAAUUAUUAAUAAAUUCCAGGUGAUUUAUUUAAAGAUUUAUUGGAGAAUUACAUGGAUGCCUUUUUGAAAGAUAAUCCUUUUAUAAUUUUCUUACCUGCUAUACUAAAAGGUUUGAUUUUCUUUAAACCAUAAAGAUAUGUUUUCUUUGAAAAAAUAGAAAGAGUUAGAUUUGCUGCAGUUGGAUUUAAAGAUAAAGAUAAAGAUGAAAUAAAUAAAUUUAUAGAAAAUAUGGUUAAUUAGAAAGAUUAAUUUACUUUUGAAUAAUAAUUUUAAAUUGCAAAGAAUAUCUAUAAUUUUUAUAUAACAUUGCCAUAAUUUUGUGGGGAUCAAUUUUGUAAACCUAUAUAUGAACCAUUUCCAUAAUUUAAUUAAAUGAAGAGUAUUACUGAUUAUAAUUCUACAAAUUAUAAUGCAAUUUGUGUUUUUACUAGUAAAUUUUUUUGUUAAGACUAAAAAGUUGUAAUUAAAAGUGAAGAAGUUCUGAGAAAUAAUGAUUUUUUAAAGAAAAUUUCAAGUUUAAUGAAUGAAAAAACUUAAAUUGAACAUUCUUCAUAAGAUAUAAUUUUAAAUUAAUCUUUAGAAUUGAAAAACUACAAGGCUGUAUUAAUUAAAGAAGCUUAGUAAAGUAAUGAUUAAAAUUUAACUAAUAAAUAUAUUGAAGUAUUUUAAAAGUAACCAACUAAAACUUUGAUUCUUUAAGAGAUUAUUGAAUAUAAAAAAAAAACUUAAAUACCUUUUAAUGAUGUAGAAUUGUUUCAUACUUCAAAAGAUUUUUGGAUUAGAGUUGGAAAUGCGGAAUUGAGAUAAAAAAUUGAUAAUUAAUAAAAAAAAAGAAUUGAAGAUUAUUUCAAAAAUUUAUUAAAUCUUUCAACAUUAUCAUAAUUAAAUGAUAAAUUAAAAAAUGAUAUUUAAUAAACUUAAGAUCCUUAAAUAAAAUAACUGUUAAAUAAAAAUUAUCCUCUAUAUAAAGAAGAAUUAGAAAAGGUUUCUAACAAAUCAGCUUUAUAAACAAUUCAUAAUAAAUAAUCAAUAUUAUAAAUGGGAUCAAUUUAAAAAAAAUUAUAACAAUUUAUGUAGGAUUCAAAAUAUAAAGAGUUUUAGGUUGAAGACUAACAAGUCUUGGCAUUUAUUAAUGAAUAAUUUAGUCUUUAUAUGAAACAAUUAUUAGGAAAGGUAUUUUAAGUUGCUUUAACAUAAAAGCCAGGAUAUGAAUUUAAAGUUUUUUAAAAUAAACUAAUUUAAUAAAAUGAUGCUUAAAUGACUAAAUAUAAAUAAAAUUAGGAAUUAUAAGUAAAAUAUGGACCUUAAAAAAAUUCUUAUCUUGAUAUAUCAUUGCUAACAAGUAGUGAGAAUAAAACUUAAUUGUAUUAUGAAUUAUGUGAUAAUACUCCUUGUUAAAGACAAAUUGAAUUUAGGAAUUUUUUAAUAGAAAUUGAACCUCUUUAAGAAGAUAAAUUGAAAAAUAAAAUUAGAAAAAAUAAGUGGAAGGAAGAACAUCCUGAAUUAGAAGAAGUAUUAAAAAAAAGAAUUAAAAGAGGAGCUGAAUUAUGGAAUUAAGUAUAAGAUUUUCUAUGUAAAAGGGAAACCAAUGAAAAUAUCAUGGAUUCUGAUGAAGAAUCAGAUAAAUAUAAAGGUUAAUAAUAAUAAUAAUUUGAUACUAUUGAAGAUGAUUAAUUAGACUAAAAAAUUUCAGAAAUUUAAAGGAAUUUUGAAAGAUAAUUGUUGACAGCAAAAAAUUAUAUAAAAACAAGGUAAUAAAUUAUUUAAUAGCUAGAUUAAAUAAUAUGGACAAUGAUAAUCCUUUGUUGACAUAGAAAGAAAUAACUGUAAAGACAGUUCAAUUUGUUUUGGAAUAACAUCCUUACUUCAAAAAGAGUAAGAUUUUAUACAAAUCCUAUAUUUUGUGAAGAG